AUAAAAAGACAAACAGUCCAAGAAUGAUCAUGUGAAACUGAUGUUUGGCAAAGCCAAUAGAAUUGAGAUCAUAACCUCCCCUCUGAAAGCAGUCUUCACAGAAACAUUUCAUAGUAGUCAAGUAGUUAGAGCAAAUUCUAGAAAUGUGGUAGAGACUAGGGGAAAAAAAGCUGAAUUAUCUUUUUACAAGGAGACCAGUGGAUAAUCUGUACUUCUAGACGCUUUUCUUAAAGUUUCCAAAUGACAGCCCCACACCCUCGUCUCAUGUUCUUUGCUAAAUCCGUGCUUUGCUGCUCCUACAAGAGGGACGGGAUGUCCACAACUGGACUUCUGCUCUGGUUGCUGAGGGCAAAAUGAGUAAGAGAGAGAUCAGUGUGUGUCAACAAACUUGGGCCUUACUAUGCAAGAACUUCCUUAAAAAAUGGAGAAUGAAGAGAGAGUCCUUAAUGGAAUGGAUUACCUCAUUAUUCCUUCUACUUUGUGUCUACCUAUAUCCUCAUGACCAUGAAGUUGUUGAUUUGUCUUCACUGCCAACCAAGGACCUGGGACGGGUAGAUUCAUUUAAUGAUUCCACAUUUUCUAUUACAUAUACACCUGUCACCAAAACAACACAACAGAUAAUGAAAAAAGUAGCCUCUGCUUCCUUCCUGUCAGAUGAAAAAGUCUUGGGUAUGCCUGAUGAGGCAGUUACUGGAGAAUUAGCAGGAAGUUAUCCUGAGGAAGUGGUAAGAGUCAUCUUCACUGAUACAUAUUCGUAUCAUUUGAAGUUCUUAAUGGGCCAUAAAAUCCCAUCAAGGAAGGAGCACAGAGCCCACACAGGUCAUUGUUACCAAGCAGGCGAAGAUGCUGACUGUGAAGUUUCGUUAUUCUGGGAGAGAGGUUUUGUGGCUCUUCAAGCUGCCAUCAAUGCUGCCAUUAUAGAAGUCACAACAAACCAUUCAGUGAUGGAGCAACUGAUGUCAGUUACUGGAAAAUAUAUGAAGAUACCUCCCUUCGUAAGUCAAGCAGGAGUGGCCAUGGAUUUGCUCCUUUUCCUCUGCGUCAUUUCCUUUUCCCCCUUCACUUACUACGCAUCUAUUAAUGUCGCAAGGGAGAGGAAGAAGAUGAAGGGCUUCAUGGCGAUGAUGGGUCUUCGAGAUUCAGCAUUCUGGCUUUCCUGGGGAUUGCUGUACGCUGGUUUCAUCUUCAUCAUGGCCCUUUUCUUGGCACUUAUUGUGAAAUCUACCCAGUUCAUCAUUCUGACUGGCUUCAUGGCGGUCUUCACCCUCUUUCUCCUCUACGGGUUGUCUUUGAUAGCUUUGGUUUUCUUAAUGAGCGUCUUGGUCAAGAAAUCUUUCCUCACCGGCCUGGUGGUCUUCCUUCUCUCUGUCUUUUGGGGAAGUCUGGGAUUCACGGCAUUGUACAGAUACCUUCCUGCAUCCUUGGAGUGGAUCUUCAGUUUACUUAGCCCUUUUGCCUUCAUGCUUGGAAUAACCCAGUGCUUACGUUCGGACUAUGAUUUGAAUUCUAACGCACCUCCUCAUCCAUCGGAUGGCUCCAGUCUCCUCAUCCUGAUAAAUUUCAUGCUGGUAUUUGAUACUUUCCUCUAUCUGGUGUUGGCGAUUUACUUUGAAAAAAUUUUGCCAAAUGAAUACGGACAUCAGUAUUCACCCCUGUUUUUCCUGAAGUGCUCAUUUUGGUCACAGCAGCAGAAGGCUGAACAACACAUGGCCCUUGAAGAUGAAAUAGAUUUUGAUCUUUCAUCCAGUGACUCUUUCGAACCAGUGUCUCCAGAAUUCCAUGGAAAAGAAGCCAUCAGAAUCAGAAAUGUUACAAAAGAAUAUAAAGGAAAUCCUGAAAAAAUAGAAGCUUUGAAAGAUCUGGUCUUUGACAUAUAUGAAGGCCAAAUCACUGCAGUACUUGGUCACAGUGGAGCCGGAAAGUCAACACUGCUAAACAUUCUUAGUGGCUUAGCUGUUCCCACCAAAGGUUCAGUUGCCAUCUACAAUAAUCAACUUUCAGAAAUGGCUCACCUAGAAAAUAUUAUCAAGCUCACUGGAGUUUGUCCACAAGCCAAUGUACAAUUUAAUUUUCUCACCGUCAAAGAAAACCUCAAGCUCUUUGCUAAAAUAAAAGGGAUUCUGCCACAAGAAGUGGAUAGAGAGAUACAAAGAGUUUUGCUGGAAUUAGAAAUGAAAAACAUCCAGGAUGUCCUCACUCAAAACUUAAGUGGUGGACAGAAGAGAAAACUUACCUUUGGCAUUGCCCUUUUAGGAGACCCCCAGAUUUUCCUAUUGGAUGAACCAACCGCUGGCUUGGAUCCCUUUUCAAGACACCGAGUGUGGAGCCUUCUCAAGGAACGCAAAAAAGACCGUGUGGUCCUCUUCAGCACCCAGUUCAUGGAUGAGGCUGACAUCCUGGCCGAUAGGAAAGUGUUUCUCUCCAAAGGGAAGCUGAAGUGCGCUGGUUCUUCUUUGUUUCUAAAAAAAAAAUGGGGGAUUGGCUAUCACUUAAGUUUGCAGUUAAAUGAAAUAUGUCUACAGGAAAACAUAACAUCACUUGUUAAACAGCACAUCCCUGAUGCCAAAUUAUCGGCCUCAAGUGAAGGAAAACUUGUCUAUACGUUACCCUUAGAAAGAACAAACAAAUUUCCAGAGCUUUACAAGGAUCUUGAUAGCUGCCCUGGCCUGGGAAUUGAGAAUUAUGGUGUUUCCAUGACAACGUUGAAUGAGGUUUUUCUGAAACUAGAAGGAAAAUCAGCAAUUGAUGAAUCAGAAAUUGCUAUGUUGGGAGAAGUACGUGUGGAGAGUGCUGGGGACACAGGAAGGCUUGUUGAGAUGGAACAAGUUAUCUCUUCACUUAAGGAGAUAAAAGAGACAAUAAGAGGCAUGGCUCUGUGGCGACAGCAAGUCUGUGCCAUUGCGAGGGUUCGAUUAUUAAAGUUGAAGCAUGAAAGAAAAGCUAUUUUAUCACUGCUACUGAUUCUAUUGAUUGGAUUGGCACCUCUUCUUGCACAGAAUAUACUGUUGAAAAUGUAUCAAAACAUUUACACUUGGGAUCUUUCCCCGCAUUUGUACUUCCUUGCUCAAGGACAACCACCACGUGAUCCUCUCACUCAAUUACUGAUCAUCAAUAAAACAGGGGCAAACAUUGAUGACUUUAUACGGUCUGUGGAGCAUCAGAACAUAGCUCUGAAAGUGGAUGCCUUUGGACGUGAAAAUGGUACAGAUGACCCAGCUUACAAUGGCGCCAUCACGGUGUGUGGGAAUGGAAAGAAUUACAGAUUUUCCUUGGCAUGCAAUACCAAGAGGUUGAAUUGCUUCCCUGUUCUGAUAGACGUUCUUAGUAAUGGGCUCCUUGCCAUGGUUGAACCCGCGGCACCUGAGCGUAUCCAAACUGACAGAAGCACAACUGGAGGGUUCAUGCAGUAUGAUCCUUUUGCAUACGCAGCAUAUACCCUGUUCUGGCUGGUCUUGGCAGCGACUUGCCCACCUUACAUCGCCAUGAGCAGCAUUGAUGAUUAUAAGCAGAACAAAGCCUGGUCCCAGCUGCGGAUCUCCGGACUCUUCCCCUCGGCCUACUGGUUUGGGCAGGCGCUCGUGGACGUGCCCCUCUACUUCUUCAUCUUCCUUUUUAUGUUUCUCAUGGACUACAUUUUAAACUACAAGGAAUCUAUGUUUACGAUUAUAAAUUAUAUUUUUCAAAUCCUGUGUGCCAUCAGCUAUACCUUAGCCCUCAUCUUUGUGACGUAUACGAUUGCGUUCAUUUUUCGCAAGGGGAGAAAAAAUAGUGGCAUUUGGUCAUUUUGCUUCUUUGUUGUCACUGUACUCGCUAUAAGUGGAUUUGUGUUUGUUAUCUCUGAAAGUAACCUAAACUUUAUUGUCACCUUUUUAAUACCACCUGCCACACUGCUUAGCUGUCUGCUCUUAUACUUUUAUCUAUUUCUGACUUCUGGUUUUUUUGAAGAGGCAGUGGGUGCAGAGUCCUAUUUCAUAUUCCUCAUUCCUUUGAUUCAUUUUAUCAUUUUUCUUUUCAUUCUUCGAUGUCUGGAAUGGAAGUUUGGAAAUAAAUCAAUGAGAAAGGAUCCUUUCUUUAGAAUUUCUCCAAGAGACGGUGAUGUGUGCCAAAAUCCAGAGCAGCCAGAAGGGGAAGCUGAAGAUGUGCAGAUGGAAAGAGAAAGAACAGCUACCGCCUUGAGUUCCACGAAUCCCGACGAGAAGCCGGUCAUUAUCGCCAGCUGUCUGCGCAAGGAGUACUCAGGGAGGAGGAAAUGCUGCUUGUCCAAGGGGAAGAAUAAAGUAGCCGCCAGAAACGUCUCUUUCUGCGUUAAGAAAGGUGAGGUUUUAGGAUUACUAGGACACAAUGGAGCUGGUAAAAGUACAUCCAUUAAGGUGAUAACGGGAGACACAAAGCCGACAGCUGGACAGGUGCUACUGAAAGGCAGCGGCGGAGGGGACACCCUGGGGUUCCUAGGGUACUGUCCCCAGGAGAACGCACUGUGGCCCAACCUGACGGCCAGGGAGCAUCUGGAAGUGUACGCCGCCGUGAAAGGGCUGAGGAAAGGGGACGCGAAGACCUCCAUCUCACGGUUAGUCAACGCACUCAAGCUGCAGGACCAGCUGAAGGCGCCCACCAGGACCUUAUCAGAAGGAGUGAAGAGAAAGCUGUGCUUUGCCCUGAGCAUCCUGGGGACCCCAUCGGUGGUGCUUCUGGAUGAGCCUUCGACUGGGAUGGACCCCGAGGGGCAGCAGCAAAUGUGGCAGGCGAUCCGGGCCACCUUCAGGAACACAGAGAGGGGCGCCCUCCUGACCACCCACUACAUGGCCGAGGCCGAGGCCGUGUGUGACCGAGUGGCCAUCAUGGUGUCGGGGAGGCUGAGGUGCAUCGGUUCCAUCCAACAGCUGAAGAGCAAAUUCGGCAAAGAUUACCUGCUAGAGAUGAAGGUGAAGACCCCCGCACAGGUGGAGCCCCUCCACACAGAGAUCCUGAGGCUCUUCCCCCAGGCUGCUCGGCAGGAAAGGUUCUCGUCUCUGAUGGUUUAUAAGUUGCCAGUGGAGGACGUGCGACCUUUAGCCCAAGCUUUCCUCAAAUUAGAAAAGGUUAAGCAGAACUUCGACCUGGAGGAGUACAGCCUCUCACAGUCCACCCUGGAGCAGGUUUUCCUGGAACUCUCCAAAGAGCAGGAGCUGGAUGAUUUGGAUGAGGAAAUUGAUCCCUCGGUACAAUGGAAGCUUCUCCCGAAGGAAGAGUGUUAACAGCCCAAAUUCUGUGCUCCUGUUUAAGCCUCUGUUUUUUUUUUUAAAGACAUUUAUUUUUGUAGCAUCAAUUUUAUAUUUUUAGAACUAUGUUAUAAGCACUGCAAUGGUCUUCUUCUGUGGUAGGGACGAGGAUCAAGUGACCUUUAACCAAGCUGACCGCCCAUCACAGCCCCUGUGUCCCUACAGGUCACCCUGGCCCCAUGUCUCUGCACAGUGCUGACUAAAUACGUUGACCCUUGUAAGAUCAUGCGAGUCUCUGAGUAUGACAAGCAAAUUUUGUUUAGAUUUUAUUUUUUAUAAAAACCUUACAGCACUGUUUUUCUAGCCUAGGCUGACAAAUCCAUACAUUUACUUUUCUGUGAGUUUGACACCUUGAAAAGUCGAUGUUUUCAUAAGAAUUUAAAAGUAUCAUACUUUUUGAAAUAGAUUUUACUGUUUUUCUCAUGGCAAAAUAUACUAAAUAUCAUUGAUGAUAAUAUCUGAUAUCAAUAUAUUUGAUAACAUAUCCACUGGUAACACCACAAUACAGUCAUGAUCUGGAAAUUAAAAACUUACUAUUAGAAAUUGUAACAUUUUUAUUUCUGUAAACCAACUGUGUGCUGUUUUGAUUAUACUUUUAAGUCUACACCCUAGAGUCAACUGUAUUGUAAUGGAUCACUAGUGUUUCUUGUCACUCCGUUCCAGAAGGUUGAUGAAUGAAGUAAUAGGUCAAAUGACUAAGUAGGUGGAAAAUGUAAAACAAAUCUCAUAUAUGUGCUUUUCAAACACGCUUUCUAUUUCGUCUAUUUCAUGUGUUUUAUUUCAUAACAUAGUGGCCUCAUAUUUGUAAAUUGCACUGAUGCUUCAUUAACAGGAAUCUUUAAUAUAAACAUAAUUCCUGGACAUUAAGUCUAUCACAACAAGAUUUUCUGCUAUACCAGCAUUUAGACUAAUGUUUUGGAUAUUGGUCUAAUUAUUACCCUUGUCUGUCGAAUAUAACAAUUAAAUACCAAUUCCAGUUACCUAUACCUCUUCGUGAUUCUAACCAUAA